AUGGCUGACAUGGUUGUAGAGCUUAUCCCCGCACCUGGCCUCUCUGUGUCUCAGACAGGAUGCCCCCCAAAGAAGCGGAACCUGUAUGAGAAGUCCAUGCAGCCUUGUGUGGCAGAGUUUGUUGGCACUCUGUUCUUUGUUUUUGUUGGCUGUGUGUCUGUCAUUGAAAAUGUGGAAGCUGGUGGACGGCUGCAGCCGGCUCUGGUCCAUGGAUUGGCUGUUGCAGUCUUGGUGGGAGUGUUUGCGGAAAUCAGUGGUGCACACUUUAACCCCGUGGUAACCCUAGCUGUCUACUUGGUUGGUGGCCUGGAUGUUGUCAUGGUGUUCCCAUAUGUCCUGUUCCAGAUGCUGGGAGGGCUGAUGGGUGCUGCAUUGUCUAAGGCCUUAACCUCAAAGAAGCACUUCACGAAAGCCUCAGGCGCUGCCUUCUCGGUGGUCCAGGUGAAUGAGCAGGUCGCUGGGGCCCUGCUGUGUGAGAUCCUCAUGACCUGCUUUCUGGUGAUAGUGGUGUGCCUGGGAGCAGUCAAUGAGAAGAGCCGGAGUCCACUGAUUUCCUUUUUGGUUGGCUGCACCGUCAUUGUGAACAUCUUAGCAGGAGCUGACCUAUCUGGCGUAUGCAUGAACCCAGCUAGGGCAUUUGGGCCUGCAGUCGUUAGCGGCUACUGGAACUAUCAGUGGAUCUACUGGGUGGGCCCGAUAGCUGGAGCUCUUGUUGCUGCCGCUGUGCUCAGGCUGCUCUUAGGAGACAAGAAGACCCGUCUCUACAUGAAGUGAGGUCAUUACAUCAGAGAGUUGCCACUUACUCUUCCUUAGCCAUCGGAAUGCAGAAAAAAGUGAUCUUUGAAGGCCACAUCAGCUCUCCUGCACCAGUGCCAUCCUCUUAGCCAUCACACACCUGGUCAAACUAACAGAAACGAGGGCAAUGAUUACAUGAAACAACACCUAAAACUAACCAGUGUGAAACAUAAAGGGUGCUGGGAGAGAUAUCCACACCAAGACUCACUUUCUGAGCACAAAAACAUGGUGAAGUCUGGCCAUGAAUCUGAUCUUUUUUGUUCUUCCAUGGGGGCAGCCUUUUCAUGCUAGGCAGGACUGACCUUAGGUGCCCUUUUGUUAUCUUGUGUCCUCACUGACUUCAUGGGUUUGUUGUGCCAUACCUGAGGGUGAAGACACACUUUAUUCAGAAUGUAAGCUGCAUGUGCUUACUAGCACUGAACUGACCAGUUGCCUCACUAUACUCGGGGUACACAUAGACCGUAAGUGUAGGCAUUCAGCCAAAAACUCUUCAACAUGUGGACUGAACCUUAGUGACUGGCACCUUUAGGUCUUCAGAAGUGAUUGACACCUCUAACCUUCCUUGCAGUAAACUGAUUUGACACUUUUCAGUUUUAGCAGGGCAAGUAAUACCAUGUCUUGGGCACUUUGGCUUUCUUUUUUUCGGUGAACGGAUGCUGAGGGACUGAGAGAACAGCAUCACUGGAGUAUCCAUGCCGACAUUCUCCCACUAAAGCCUUGCUGAGGUUGCCAUGGAGACAGGGCCUGAUAUGCAGCGCCCACGCAGCCAGUAGUGUUCACAAGCGGGGGCUUUGCUUCUCCCAGCCUGGGGGCCUCAGCCCACUUCAUUUCCUCUGAUCGUUCCAAUAAAAAAACAACAAAAAAAAUCUGAUCAGCUGGCUCGGAGUGUAAAGUAUGGCUCAAGGGUAUAAGGGAAGCAAGUGGCUGAAUUGGGAUAUGAAGUGUCUGUCUGCAGAACCAUCCCUGAACGGCAGAAGAAGGGGUGAUGAGGAGAGGGUGACCAGGCAGGGAAAAUCGUUUAUGUUAAAGCUUUUAGCCAAGAGCCUCACGUGUGAUAAGGGUCACACAGGUAGUCAGUACCUGAGCAGGAAUUCCAGAUGGUGACCCAUUGGGUGUAGACCCCAACUUUUUAUGAAGAAGAUCAGACCAGGCUGGAGACUGGUAUCUCAACUGGGCUUCAUUCACAAGCCAAUGCAGUAAGUUAGUUGGUGAGGCAGCUGGCAAUGCUAUGGUACAAGAUAUCACUUCUUAUUAAUGUAUUUAACGACUUUCUGGUUUGUGCAGUUUUUUGUUUUACCACAAGAGGUCACUGUAUACAGCGCAGUGGUCCGGCAGGCUUGUUGCAAAGGAAAUGGUUUGAUUGGCAGUGUUU